AUGACUAUACUAUUCACAAAGCAGCUACCUCGUAUUGAGAUAGUGGUAGCAAAUCUACGCGUAUUCAGCAACUCUGCGUGCUCACAGUUUACCCCAUCGGUAGCAAGUCUGAAGUGGAAAGCAGACCCCUCCUCUGUAACUGCUACAACAACAACAACAACAACAUCAUCAUCAUCAUCACCACAUAAUCAUCCCCCAUACAAGAGAUUCGACAAAUUAAAGAAACUAUCACGAAAAGAAGAGGCCGAACAAUAUCGGAUAGCUUCGCGCAAUAGACUUCAGCACCUAGAUUUAAAGUACAGCAUAGUCACUGCGUCAACUAAAAAGAUUUUGGAUAUUGGAUUUGCUCCUGGACAUUGGUUAUCCUAUCUUGUUGAUCGAGUUUGUCAAUUGCAUGAGGUCGAAGACACAAAGUUGCACACUGUAGGUGUUCAUAUUUUAGGUUUUGACAUUUUAUUUAAAAACCCUCCGUUGGGUACUAGUUCAAUUCAGGGUAAUAUCUUCUCCAAGCUAAGUCAUGACAAUGUAAUUCAACAUUUCCUGGAAAUUCCAAGCAAACAAAGCCAGCUUCAAUUACAAGUAGGAGUUAAUGAGGAAAUUGACCACAAGUCGUACUUUGCCCAAGAAAUUGAUGAGUCACAAUUGACAAAGAGUUUAGGUCAAUUGGCAAUAUCAGAGAAAACAGAAUCUGCGUCGAAAGAAUCUGCUGGGAAUUGGAAAGUAGAUUUGGUCAUUAGUGAUUUAGCUCGUCCCGGUCGGCAACAAAGUGGAUUUUAUGACUAUACCGAAACCAAUCCUUAUUUGCGAUACAACAAUAACAAGGGACUUAAUCAUUCAAUUGUCAAUCCGAAAAAGGGGAAUUUGGAUUUAGCCGAUGGAGCUAUAUUACUUAUGUUGAAAGUGUUGAGACCUGGUGGGAAAUUUAUUUUGAAAUUGACCGACAUUGACAAUGACGAUGAAGAGAUUAGAUCAAUGAAGAAGAGUCUACUGGUAAUCUUUAAAGAGGUGCAUGAAAUAAAUCUAAUACGAGAUUGCAUUUUCAUUUGUCUUGAUAAACAGUAA